AUGCGGAAAAAGAGCUCUGUAAGAGAAUCUAUCAGCGGACUUAUUCAUCUGAAAAGUGGCUCAAAUUUUUUGACAAGGGCGACCCUGAAAGAUGUUCGCUCCGAGGCAAAUGGUCAAUUCGAGUUAUCGUGGUCGAGUCGAUGGUUUAAUUGGCCUGUUGUCGAGCCGAAGCUUGCCAUUUACACCGACUGCAAAAUAAAUCGAUGCCUACGCGAAUCAAAAUUUCCGUUGUCGGAAAGCAACUUCGCGAGCGGGGAUGCAAAGUUAAUUGACCUCGGUAACAUCGAGAUCCGUGACUUGCGAUGGUCACGCCAUUGUCACUACCAAAAGGGACGAGGCACAAUUGGU